GUUUCAAGCGACGGAAUUAUAGUUGCACUCCUCCAGAGUGGGGAACAGCCAGUGGUGACACAGAACCAAUGUCCUACCCUUGUUGAAGACAAGCGUGGGGCGAUGUUCGGAGUGUUUUCCUGCGGGGGUUAUUAAACUGCUGGGUAUUUGGGGUGAACUUUAAACGGUGCAGCCGAGGUGGGAGCUGCCGCUGCAAAGUCGUGCCUCCGGGGAUUGUUGUCCCGCCGCCGCUCUCCGUGUAGCAUGGUUCGGGAACCGAACGUUGCGCGGGUCGGCGUUGCCAUGGCGAUGCAUUGUCUGGGGACCCGGGCCCUGAGCUGGGCGGCUGCCCGCGCUCCCCGGCUGGUGCUGGGCAUCGAGACCAGCUGCGAUGACACCGCCGCCGCGGUGGUGUGCGAGGCAGGGACAGUCUUAGGAGAGGCCCUGCACUCUCAGAAAGAAACUCACCUCAAGGCAGGUGGAAUAAUUCCACCAGUGGCGCAGAGACUACAUAGAGAGCACCUGGACAGAGUGGUGCAGGAAGCUAUGGACAAUAGUGGAGUACCCCUUAAUGAAGUGACGGCAAUAGCGACAACUAUAAAGCCAGGACUUGCACUAAGUCUACAAGUGGGCCUAGAGUACAGUUUAAAACUAAUAGAACAAUGUAAGAAACCCUUCAUUCCUGUUCACCAUAUGGAGGCCCAUGCGCUGACCAUUCGAAUGCUGCAGUCGGUAGAAUUCCCCUUCCUGGUCCUAUUGAUUUCCGGUGGUCACAGUCUGCUUGCUGUCGCUCGUGGAGUCGAUGACUUUCUUCUUCUUGGACAGACGUUGGAUGAAGCCCCAGGAGACACACUGGACAAGAUUGCAAGAAGACUAUCGCUGAAGAAUCACCCAGCAUGCUGUACAAUGAGUGGGGGUGAAGCUAUUGAAUAUUUGGCCAGAACGGGGAAUCGAUUGCAUGUUGAGAUAAGAGAACCUAUGAGCCACCAUAUAGACUGUGAUUUCUCCUUUUCUGGUCUUCGCAAUCAGGUCAAUCUAAUAAUUGCCAAAAAGGAAAAGGAAGAAGCAGGUAUCCAGGAUGGCCAGUUGCUGUCGUGUGUGAAUGACAUUGCUGCUGCUGUGCAGCAUACAGUGGCAGUUCACUUAGCAAAGCGAACACAUCGAGCCAUUCUCUUCUGCAAGAAGGAAGAUUUUUUGCCCCAAUCAAACCCAGCCUUGGUGGUUUCAGGUGGAGUGGCCAGCAAUGAAUACAUCAUAAAAGUCUUGCAGAUAGUAACUGAAGCAAAUGGGUUGUCACUGAACUGUCCUCCUCCUAAGCUCUGCACAGACAACGGCAUAAUGAUUGCAUGGAAUGGUAUAGAGAGACUUCGAGCAGGAAUCGGCAUUCUACAUAAUCCAAAAGCAAUUCGCUAUGAGCCAAAAGCCCCUCUUGGAAUUAACUUAUCAGAACAAGUAAGGAGAGCAGCACUGAAAGUUCCUUAUCUAAAACUGAAGAUAUGACUACCAGUGCUUUGCUGGGUGGUCGCCCAUUUUAAGAAUCGCCAAACUGAAAAUCUCCAGCGAGAAUGAUUUUUAAAUUAAAUACAUGUAUAUUGGAUUCUUCUACAUUUAUAAACAAUAUUAAACCAUGUAUAUUUGAAAUAUUAAACAUCAAAUUAGUUAUUGA